AUGGGAAAGAACAAAAAAGUUGAACAAAACAAAUUAAUAACUGUGGAAUACAAUGUUUCAAUGCAUUGUAACGCUUGUGAAAGAACUGUUGCAAAAGUCAUCAAUAAGUGUAAAGGAAUGGAAACGUUCAUUACUGACAUGAACAGACACGUGGUGAUUGUAACGGGUCGGAUUGAUUCGAAUAAAUUAUUGAAGAAACUAAAAAAGAAAACAGGAAAAAAAGUGGAGAUUUUGUCCAUCAAAGAUGAUGAGGAGACAAACGAUGAAUCUAAUGAUAUGCUUGUUAUAAUGCCACCAUUUUUGUAUGAAAAUGGUUGUUGCAUAAAAACCGAAGAUUUGAUGAUGUUCAACGAUGAAAAUCCAAAUGCAUGUGCAAUAAUGUAG